AUGCCUCGCGCCGUCCGUGGUUUGCUCAUCGAGUGCGAUCCCUCGAUCAAAGCGAUGAUCCUCAAGUACGACGAGGAGCGACAUGACUACAUCGUGGAGGAUCUGGAUGACGAGAAUCACUUGGUCAUCAAGGAGAGCCAGCUUGAGAACUUGAAGGCCCGUCUCGAUCACGACCUUGAUGAGAAGAUCAUGCAGCUGGAUGAGUCCGAAUCGGAAUAA